AACACCGUUAAGUCUUCUCUUGACUAGGCAGCAUGCAUGUUGCUUGCACUCUCGAACGGUUGAAGCACCGAAGACGGAAAUGCACGACCCCGCUUUUAUCACUGGCGCUGGUGGUGCUGGCUUCGACGUGCGGGAGAGCGGCACACAUUCCAGCGCGCUACAGAGUGCAUGCAUUCUACUACCUGUGGUACAAUGAGCCCAGCACGGGGCGGUGGGCGCACUGGGACCACGCCGUGCUGCCGCACUGGGACCCCGCCACCGCCGCCAAGUACCCCCAGGGCAUCCGCUUCGAGCCGCCCGACUGCCUGCACAGCCCCUACUACCCGCUGCGGGGGCCCUACUCCUCCACCAGCCAGGAGCUCAUACGGCAGCACCUGGAGGAGAUGGCCAAGUACGGCAUCGGCAUCCUGGUGGCUUCCUGGUGGGGCCCGGGCUGGCGGCAGGGCAGCCACGACACGCAGCUCAUAAACACGGACGACCGCAUCGAGCAGGUCAUCCGGGAGAUAGAGGCCACGUCCAGCCCGGUGCGGGUGGCGUUCCACCUGGAGCCCUACGAGGGCCGCACCAAGCAGACGGUGCAUGAGGACCUGACCUACCUCAGCCACAAGUACAAGGACUCCUCCGCCGUGGCGCGAGUGAACGGCCGCAUCCUGUACUACGUGUACGACUCGUACCGGCUGCCGGCGUCCGACUGGGCCGAGCUGCUGGUGCGCAACACGGGGCCGAUCAACGUGCGGGGCACCGCCGCCGACGGCUUCUUCUUGGGUCUAUGGCUGGAGAAGGACGACGGCGACAAGAACAUCGGGCCGGGAGGCUUUGACGGCUUCUACACCUACUUCAGCAGUGAGGCCACCUCGUACGCGUCCAACCCUACCAACUGGCCCGACCUGCAGCGGUGGGCCCGGGAGCACCACCGCAUCUUCGUGCCGUCCCUGGGCCCCGGCUACCACGACGGCAAGAUCCGGCCCUGGAACAUGGCGGCGCGGCGAGAGCGCGAGGGCAUCGACAGGUACAAGCGGCUGUGGGACACGGCCAUCGCGCUGGGUGUGCACUUCGUGUCCAUCACCUCUUACAACGAGUGGGGCGAGGGCACGCAGGUGGAGCCCGCUGUGCCGCGGCCCAUGCGCAAGGACUGCGCCUACUUGGACUACGAGCCGCACAGCCCCUUUGAGUUCCUGCGCCUCACACAAGAGGGCGGCGAGCGGCUGACGGCAGCGGCGGAGCAGGCUGCGGCGGACGCUGACGCGUUGAGAGGCGGCGACAAGGAGGGGGCGGCAGAGGAGGUCGAGGAGGAGGACGAGUACGCAGAUGGUGAUGACGACGAGGAUGGGGCGGGCUCAGGGAGUUGUGGGGGUGAAGGGGCCGGGGGCGGAGAAGGUGGGGAAGAGGGGGGAGGCAACUGCGGUGCGUCGGGACAUUGAAGCUGAGCAUCAUCGUGAUCACGUUGUGGCAGGAGUAGUAAGAAGGAUGUCCUUAAUGAAAUGCGGUGCUCCAGGCGAAUGUUGUUGUGGGUACAGCGAUGUGAACUCAACUUCGUGACCGGGUCUAGCAACUGCCUGAGUGUCCUGCGGGUGAAUGCGACAACCCUACGAAAUAGUGCGUGCCGGCGGCUGGGGUUGGUGGCUCCUGGCGAUAGCAGGUGCCGCUGGGGUCUAGACUCCGUCAUUGCAGACAGUUGAUCUGGGCGAUGAGGCACAG